GUGGACCUGGUGGAGUCUCUGCGUCUGAUAGAGUAAAAGAAUGGCCUUUGCAGUGGGAAGAGGUUUCCUUGUUCCUCCAUGUUCUUUGUCCACCAAUAACAACGGAUUCAAGUCGUCAUUUGGAAUAACAAACACGCCAUGGCCAACCAAACCAGGAAAAACUCGAGCUUUCGUGGCUCAAGCGCAGGUACGCCCUACAUGGCUACCUGGUCUUGAUCCUCCACCUCACCUCGAUGGAAGUCUGGCUGGGGAUUAUGGAUUCGACCCACUUGGUCUUGGAGAGGAUCCGGAUAGCUUGAGGUGGUAUGUACAGGCUGAGUUAGUUCAUGCUCGCUUCGCUAUGCUUGGGGUGGCAGGAAUUCUUUUUACAGAUCUGCUACGUGUAACAGGAAUCAGCGAUAUACCCAUUUGGUACAAAGCAGGUGCGGUCAAAUAUGACUUCGCCAAUACGGAAACUUUGUUCAUUGUCCAGCUUUUCUUAAUGGGAUUUGUUGAAACCAAGAGAUACAUGGAUUUCGUUAGUCCAGGAUCUCAAGCCAAAGAAGGAUCUUUUUUGGGGUUGGAAGCUUCCCUGGAAGGUUUAGAACCUGGAUAUCCUGGAGGUCCAUUGCUAAAUCCGCUUGGGCUGGCAAAAGAUAUCGAGAAUGCUCAUGACUGGAAGCUUAAAGAGAUCAAGAAUGGACGCCUUGCAAUGGUAGCCAUGCUCGGCUUCUUUGUUCAAGCUUCUGUUACUCAUGUUGGACCGGUUGAAAACCUUGUGGACCACCUGUCCGAUCCAUGGCACAGAACCAUCAUCCAGACAUUUGCUAACUCUACUUCUUAAAUGAAAAUCCAAGUUGCUUUCUGCUGUCAGAUAGCAUUGUCGAGUGUAAACUUAUCUUGCUAGACUUGCUUUUUGGGUCAAUUUUUUUAAGCUGGUUCAAGGGAAGCAGGUAUAUAUUCCGAUGCACUGGUCAACAUUCUAUGACUAAUGAUCACUGGCCACUGGAUCUUGUUAACUUUGUUCAUUUUGCAUUUGCAUUUUGAUGUUUAAAUAUGAUAUAACCAGCGUUCUUUUACCAUGCAAAA